AUGCUGUUCGAAUGCUGUAGGAGAGGACUGAGAGACCACAGGAUGACCCUGUCUUUUCUCGCCCCACGGCUCAAGGCAGCGACGCUUUCUGGUGAGGCGGCCGACGCGGAGCGACGGAUCGACGAUUGCGACGGAUCGAAACAGGCUGCAGCUGACAAAGAAAAAGCAGUCGAGUGCGAGCCAUGCAAGUAUUUGCUACGAAGGUUCUCCUGCGACUUCCGUAAAUCAGAGUUGCGGAGGAGGGAUGGCAUGGCGAAUACGGCCGAGAAUUUUCACAAACCACAGUUCCCCGUCCCUCCCUGUGCAGCUCGGGCGCAGUGGGUUCGCGAACUUGUUGCCACUCCAGUCUCGCUGCAAGCUGUUUCGCUCGCGGCGCCCGGCGGCUUCUCACCGCUCCGUCCCAGUUACCUCCCGACAACGAAGCACAGGAGUGGUGGAACUUGCAACCUGAUCAUCAGUCAGGUCUGA